AUCAGGGAGCGCAGAAAAUCCAGACUGAGGGAAGACAAGACUGCUAUAGACGUCUGCUUCGAGUCCCGUUGGUUCAGAUUGCAUGCUUAUGGAAUGAUAAAGCGGCCGGGGUAAAGCCCCUGUUUCAGCCUGGUGUGAUCAUGGAGGAUUAUGAUUACCUCUUUAAAAUAGUGCUAAUAGGAAAUGCAGGAGUGGGCAAAACCUGCCUUGUCCGACGCUUCACUCAGGGUCUGUUUCCACCUGGACAAGGUGCCACUAUCGGGGUUGAUUUCAUGAUAAAAACGGUGGAAAUAAAAGGGGUCAAAGUAAAGCUUCAGAUCUGGGACACGGCGGGUCAGGAAAGAUUUCGCUCCAUCACGCAGAGUUACUACCGCAGUGCCAAUGCCCUUAUCCUUACCUAUGACAUCACUUGUGAAGACUCCUUUCGCUGCCUUCCAGAGUGGCUGCGGGAGAUUGAGCAAUAUGCCAACAAUCAAGUUGUGACCAUCCUAGUUGGGAAUAAGAUAGAUCUGGCUGAAAAGCGUGAGGUGCACAGAGAGAGAGCGGAGGAAUUUGCUGAGGCGCAGAGCAUGCUCUAUCUAGAGACGUCCGCCAAAGAAUCAGACAACGUGGAAAAACUCUUCUUGGAUCUGGCCUGCGAACUGAUCCGUGAGGCCAAGCAAAACACUCUAGACAACAAUGAGGCUGCACCUAUGCCUGGAGAAGGCAAGAACAUUAAUUACCUGAGCUGCUGCAGCAUUAACUAGUGGACUAUGCUGCAAAUUUGGCUAAAGGUGCUGGUCUCUCUCCAUGAAGUGUAUCAAAUAGUGGAUUCUAUUGAUGUCCUCUAUUUGUCACCAUCUGGUCUUGGAUGCUUCUUUAACCCUUAUGUGAACCCUUGCAGAUUUUUAAAACUAAUCACUGUACCACUAGAGUGACAAAAGAAGAGUUUGCUGCUGUCACCAAGGGAAACCCAGGCUCCAGAGUCCUGCUAGGCGGUUUUAAGGAUAAGAUUUUUAUGCACUUCAGCACAUAAACAAUACACAAACACAGGUUGUCUUUUUCCAUUUUUAAUAUUCAAGGUUUUUCCUCACCACCAGAAGGUUUUGAAAUCACAGAGAUUGUGCAUCCAACAUUAUUAGCACUUCUACAACAUGGUUGG